AUGUCAACCUCUUCGGGCGUUCCCGAGUCCUGGAUCUCGAGUUUCUGCUCCCUGCUUGGCCAUGAGUACUUCGCCGAAGUCUCGGAGGAGUUUAUCGAAGAUGACUUCAACCUGACUGGUUUGCAAACCCAAGUUGCCAUGUAUAAAGAAGCGUUGGAGAUGAUCUUGGACGUUGAGCCAGAGGAUGAUGAGGACGAGGAGGAAGAAGAAGAGGAAGAGGAUGAAAACGAGUCCGACCCAGAACGCCUGACCAGGGCAUCCAGCGAACGGAGGCACCACCGCAUGGCCAGCGACUUGUCUGUCAUCGAAUCCUCAGCUGAAAUGCUCUACGGCCUUAUCCAUCAGCGCUUUAUUUGCUCUAGGGCGGGAAUACAGCAAAUGAGCGAGAAAUAUGAGCUUGGCCACUUUGGUUGCUGUCCCCGGACGAACUGUGACCAGGCCCGUACUCUACCUGUCGGUCUUUCUGAUAUCCCUGGCGAGGACACAGUCAAACUGUUCUGCCCAUCUUGCUUAGAUGUCUAUGUCCCCCCUAAUAGCCGCUUCCAAACUGUUGACGGUGCCUUCUUCGGCCGUACCUUUGGAUCUCUUUUCCUCCUCACUUUCCCCGAAUACGACUUGACCAAGCGUGGGAUUGAGGUGCUUUCCAGCAGCGGUCCUCGCGUCAACGAAGGUGACGGCCUUAUGAAUGGCAUGUAUGCUAAGAACAUUGGCCCUGGCUUAGGUCGCGAACGCAUAUACGAACCUCGAAUCUACGGAUUCCGUGUUUCUGAGAGAGCCAGGUCCGGCCCCAGAAUGCAGUGGCUUCGUGAGCGGCCGACAGAUAUCAAUGAGCUUGACGAAGCUCGCCUUUACGCAGAGCAGAACCCAGACUCAGAAGACGAUGACGAGAGCGGUGGUCAAGUUGGCAUGAAUGGUAGAGUCAUGGUUCGUCGACGCCCACCUGGAAACGCCCGCCUUCGCCAGCGACAAACCCAAAAUGGUAGCCCCAUGGCCAUGUCCACAAACGGAGCUGAAUCGGAGCUGUGA